AUGCUGGAUUGUAAUUUAGCGAAAACAUCUUUAGAUGCUAACCAAAAGUUGACAAAGGAGAUGUGCCCACAAAACGAAAAGGAGUGUGCUGAAAUGAAAGAUGUACCCUAUCAAGAAGCUGUCUUAUGUUUGCAUCAAGUUUCACGUCCUGAUAUUAGUUUUGCUGUAAGUACAGUCAGUCGAUACAAGCAGAACCCGCGAAAAGCCCACUGGACAGCAGUAAAACACAUUUUUCGCUGUCUAAAAGGAACAGCUCAUAUGAAACUAGCUGGUACCGUUGGGGAAGGUAAUUUUUCCAGAUUUUGCGACGCCGUUUGGGCUAGUGACUCAAAUGAGAGACGAUCCGUUACCGGUUACAUUUACUUACUGCAUAAUGGUGCAAUCUUAUGGAAUUCAAAAAAACAGCCAACAGUCGCCAUCUCGACGACAGAAGCAGAAUAUAUGGCACUAACAGCAGCGACUCAAGAAACAACCUGGUUGAUAAGCCUAUAG